AUGGCCAGUCUUGUCGCAAUUCUUGACCUCAAGGGCAAACCACUCAUACAGCGCUCAUAUCGCGACGAUGUACCUCCUUCAUAUGUUGAACGCUUUCUUCCAAUAGUGCUGGAGAUCGAAGAAGAUGGCCAGCAGGUCACCCCUUGCUUUUCAAGAGAAGGAAUAAACUACAUGCACAUCCGCCACUCGAAUCUCUACCUAUUGGCUCUCUCUAAGCGCAAUGCAAACGCCGCAGAAAUCAUCCUAUUUCUCCAUCGCAUCACUCAAGUCCUCGUUGAAUAUUUCAAGGAGCUAGAAGAAGAGAGCAUCCGCGACAACUUUGUGAUCAUCUACGAAUUGCUGGAUGAGAUGAUGGACUUUGGCUACCCACAAACAACAGAAAGCAAAAUUCUCCAAGAAUACAUAACGCAGGAAUCCCACAAACUCGAAGUUCAAGCUCGUCCUCCACCCGCCAUUACCAAUGCAGUAUCAUGGCGGUCAGACGGGAUCCGGUAUAGGAAGAACGAAGUCUUUCUCGAUGUUAUCGAGAGCGUAAAUCUCCUCGUAAACGCCAAGGGCGAUGUCGCUCGCUCUGAGAUUCUUGGUGCCGUCAAGAUGAAGUGUUAUCUGUCUGGGAUGCCCGAGCUUCGACUGGGUUUGAAUGACAAAGUGAUGUUUGAGAACACUGGACGUACCGCGCGAGGCAAAGCAAUAGAAAUGGAGGAUGUUAAAUUCCACCAAUGCGUGAGGCUUGCCCGUUUCGAGAACGACCGAACAAUCUCCUUCAUUCCUCCCGAUGGCGAGUUUGAGCUCAUGUCGUAUCGACUCUCAACUCCCGUCAAACCGUUGAUCUGGGUAGAGGCGGCAGUAGAGAGUCAUCGAGGUAGUCGGGUCGAGUAUAUGGUCAAGGUCAUCGCACAGUUUAAACGAAGAAGCACAGCAAAUAACGUGGAAAUCUAUGUUCCCGUUCCAGACGAUGCUGAUAGUCCCAAAUUCCGGGCUUCAACGGGUAGCGUUCAAUAUGCGCCAGACAAAAACGCGUUCGUUUGGAAAAUAAAGCAACUAGCAGGUGGAAAGGAGUUCUUGAUGAGGGCGCAUUUUGGUCUCCCCAGUGUCAAGAGUGAGUCGGAAGUUGGGAAUCGGGCCCCAAUCACGGUAAAAUAUGAGAUUCCUUACUUUACCGUUUCUGGUAUCCAGGUGCGCUACCUCAAGAUUGUUGAGAAAAGCGGUUACCAGGCCCUGCCUUGGGUGCGGUACAUCACGCAGAAUGGUGACGAUUACAGUUUACGAACAGCACAUGAGAAGGGUAGCGCGCCGAUUAGACAGUCAACAUAA